UGUGGUGGUUCUCCCUCUGGGUUGCCAAUAGGCAGCUCUGAUUCCAGGCGAGGGACAAGCUGUUGAAACCCAGCCAGGUUUGGGGCUGACCUUCUGUUCCUGCUUCCACCCAAAAGAAGAAACCCUCGCCUCCUUUUGCAUUUCAUUCCUUUCCUUUAUUUCCUUGCAAAGUGUCCUAUUUCGAGCUAGACAGACCCACACAUCCAUACAUGCAGAAGAGCCCCAUUGCUUUUGCAAAAAGGUAGGGCUCACCUCUGCACAGAUAGAUUAGAUUAGAUAGAUAGAUAGAUAGAUAGAUAGAUAGAUAGAUAGAUAGAUAGAUAGAUAGAUAGAGAUGUAUUGAUCAGCCCAAACCUGCCAGUUCUGGAUUUCUUUUUAAUUGUUUUGCAAUCCAAAAAAAGAGAGAUAUAUAUAAAAUGAGAGUUGUCUCCUGUGGAUGAUAAUCAUUCAAGACAGAGGACCUCAAGUCUCCAUCCUCCCCAAGAUGUUCCCACAAGGAAGGCACACUUCGGGGCAGCCGUUCAAAUUCUCCGUGUUGGAAAUCUGUGACCGGAUCAAGGAAGAAUUCCAGUUCCUCCAAGCACAGUAUCACAGCCUGAAGCUGGAAUGCGAAAAGCUGGCCAGUGAAAAGACCGAAAUGCAAAGGCAUUACGUGAUGUAUUAUGAGAUGUCUUAUGGAUUAAAUAUCGAGAUGCACAAACAGGCUGAGAUCGUCAAGCGGUUGAGUGCCAUUUGUGCCCAGAUUAUCCCCUUCCUGACCCAAGAGCACCAGCAGCAAGUCCUGCAAGCAAUGGAUCGGGCCAAGCAGGUCACUAUGGGGGAACUGAACAAUAUUAUUGGGCAGCAGCAGCUCCAACACCUCUCCCAUCACGCCCCACCAAUCCCUUUGGCCCCACAUCCUUCGGGGUCUGCUUCGGGGCUUCUGGCGCUCUCUGGGGUUUUGACGGCUCAGGCGGCCAUUGGGGCCAAGGACGAAAGAGGGCUGCCGGAUGCUGAGAAUCACCGAGAGCAUCCUUCGAGUCGGAGCAAUUCUGCUUCACCUCCUGAGAGCCUGCAAGAUGAGGAACCGGUGGAGAAUCUGGGGCCAAAGCGCAAGCAAGACGCAAAGGAAGAUGCUGCACAUUAUGAAAGUGAUGGAGAGAAGAGCGAUUACAACCUGGUCGUGGAUGAGGAUCCUCCCUCUGAGCACAAUAGUCCCAUUUGUGCCUCCACCGUCCGACCUUUUCCUUCUCGGAGGGACGUCCCAGAUAGUCCUGCGUCUCUGGCAUCCAGUCGAAGCGCAACCCCAUUGAAAGCAAAGGACCCGAAUUUGAGCGAUGCCAGUUCUGCCACCUGUAAGCUGGCCAACCUCUCUCCGCCUCCCGAAUCCGUCACCCCUGGCCCUGGUCCCAGCUGCACCUCCCAGGUCCAGACGAUGGCUAAACCAGCCACCACGGAGGCCAUCAGUCUCCGGAGUCCCCUGAAUUUGGCUGGUUCCUUCGCCGCCUCCUCUUCCUUCGGGAUCAUGCCCCAUGCGGCACUGAACGGUGAUCUCUCCGCUCCCGGCUCCUACGUCAGCAUCCACCUCUCCCCACAGACCGUCAUGUACGGACGCUCUCCGGUGGUGGCUUUUGAAUCUCACCCGCAUUUGCGUGGUUCGACUAUAUCCACUUCCCUGCCUUCCGUCCCGGGAAGCAAGCCGGCCUACUCCUUCCACGUGAGUGCCGACGGGCAAAUGCAGCCAGUGCCCUUCCCUCCAGAUGCCCUGAUUGGCUCAGGCAUCCCCCGCCAUGCUCGCCAGCUCCACACACUUGGCCACGGGGAGGUGGUCUGCGCCGUCACCAUCAGUAAUUCCACGCAGCACGUCUAUACAGGCGGGAAGGGCUGCGUGAAGGUCUGGGACGUGGGGCAGCCGGGCACCAAGACCCCUGUGGCACAACUGGACUGCUUGAAUCGGGAUAACUACAUCCGGUCCUGCAAGCUCCUUCCGGACGGUCGCAGCCUGAUAGUGGGAGGGGAGGCCAGCACCCUUUCCAUCUGGGACCUGGCGGCCCCCACCCCCCGGAUCAAGGCCGAGCUGACCUCUUCGGCCCCAGCUUGCUACGCUUUGGCCAUCAGCCCAGACGCAAAGGUCUGCUUCUCCUGCUGCAGUGAUGGCAACAUCGUGGUCUGGGACCUCCAGAACCAAACCAUGGUCAGGCAAUUCCAGGGCCACACCGACGGGGCCAGCUGUAUCGACAUCUCCAACUAUGGCACCAAACUCUGGACCGGCGGCUUGGACAAUACAGUCCGGUGCUGGGACCUGCGGGAGGGACGCCAGCUCCAGCAGCACGACUUCAGCUCUCAGAUCUUCUCCUUGGGCUACUGCCCCACCGGGGAAUGGCUGGCGGUCGGGAUGGAGAGCAGCAACGUGGAAAUCCUUCACGUCACCAAAUCGGAGAAGUACCAGCUGCACCUCCACGAGAGCUGCGUCCUCUCCCUCAAGUUUGCCACCUGCGGCAAAUGGUUUAUAAGCACUGGCAAAGACAACUUACUUAAUGCAUGGAGGACACCCUACGGAGCAAGCAUCUUUCAGUCCAAAGAGUCGUCUUCGGUGCUCAGCUGUGACAUCUCGGGCAACGACAAAUUCAUCGUGACGGGAUCAGGAGACAAGAAAGCCACCAUUUACGAACUGGUUUAUUGAGGGAGGACCAGUUUGGCCCCUCCGCUUCCAUGGGGAAGACUCACCAACGUGAAUUCAGCUUCGAAUUCAAUAUGGACUAGAAACUUUACAAAUCAGAUCCUCAUGAAAGAGGAUUUCUAAGCUCGACACAACCACAGUCUUGUAAUACAGUCCUGGACCCACUGUCCAAACACACAGUUUUUAGAGUCUUUAUUUGUCUAUUGCCUCUUCUUCUUCUCAUUCUUCAUCAUCACGGUAAAUGAAAUAAAAGCAUUUUCAAUCCUU